GAAACUAUACACCUUCUCCUCAUGUGUCUGCGCUGUAUUGACCUCUCUGUGCAAGACGGACCUCUGUAUAUCUGAUUCACCUUCAGUGUCAAUGCUUCAUCCGUUUACCAAAAUCCUUCCUGCUUAACCCCUCCCUCCCUGUCUCUCUCUCCCUCUCUCUAUCUCUCUCUAGCUCCUUCCAUAACCUCCUCCCGAACUCGCUCUGUGGUUGCAGUGAUGUGUCUGUUAUUCAGGGACCCCUGUCCUCCCUCCCUGUCCUCCUCAAGGGCUGCCUGGCUGGGCAUUGGUGGUUAGGACUCCUGCUCCAGAGUCCACGGAUGGGGACCUGCAGAGAUUUGUGAGGGAGGAACUCAGAGGCCAUGAUUGACUGGCGCAAUGCCACAACGCCCGGCCAGCAGGAGGAUGAGAGCAGCGCUCAGGAGAGGUCAGAGUGUGUGCUGGCUUACAUCCCUGUCGUCUACUACAGUACUCUGUUGUGUGUUGGAGUGCCAGUGAACAUCCUUACACUGGUGGCUCUUUACCGGCUGGCUGUUCGUACUCAGAAGGCCCUGUACGUGUAUCUUCUUGCGCUAACCGGCUCGGACAUCCUCAGCCAGCUGUUCAUCAUCUUCGUGGGCUUCCUGUUGGAAACGGCUGUGUUUCAUCGAGACGUCCCUGUGAUGCUGCUGAGGUCAGUCAGUAUGAUGGAGUUUUCCGCCAAUCAUGCAUCCAUCUGGGCUACUGUACCCCUCACGGUGGACCGCUAUGUUGCUUUGUGCCAUCCGCUACUCCACCGGCAGAUUAGUUACCCGGCACGGGCCCGGCGGAUCAUCGCAGUGGUGCUCACAUUGGCGCUGGCAUCCGGUGUGCCGUUCUUUUGGUGGUCAGACAUGUGGAGGGUCAGCCGUGCGCCUAACAGCUUGGAUACCGCUUUGAUUUGGACCCACGUGACUAUUAUUUACUUUCUUCCGUGCUGCAUCUUCCUGGUGCUGAACUCUUUGAUCAUCCUAAGGCUCCGGAAGAGACAGCAGCAGCAGAUGUGCCAAGACGAGAGCGGGCAGCAGCUGGCGGUGCCAGGCAAGCUGGGUAAAACCACAGCUAUGCUCCUGGCAGUGACUUCUGUGUUUGCUGUCCUGUGGGCGCCUCGUACCGGAGUGGUGCUCUACCAUCUCUACGUGUCAUCAGUGCACAAUGAUUGGCGGGUACAUCUAGCAUAUGACUUGGCUAACAUGUUAGCCAUGCUGAACACUGCUGUGAAUUUCUUUCUGUACUGUUUUGUCAGCAAACCCUUCAGAGCGGCAGUGAGGGACGUCCUGUUGUUCCGCGGUGGCCCACUGCACCCACGCCACCCCCUACGUCAUCAGCGCACUGCUGCUAAUGCCUCCACCUCCUCUAUUUCCAGCUCUAAACGUUCCCAGCGAGAGAUUACUCCUCUCUCUCCCAAAAGGGCAGAAGUCAAGACGUAGUUCUUCUUAAAGGGAUAGUUCACUUAAAAGGAUAGUUCAGCCAUAAAUGAAAUUUUUGUCAUUAAUUACUCACCGUCAUGUCAUUCCAAACCUGUAAGAUCUUUGUUUAUCUUCAGAACACAAAUGAAGUUAUUUCAACGCUAUCUCACGGCAGUUCGUACGUAUUUUACGAGGUGGCUAAUUCGUACAAAUUCGUACAACCUCACUCGUACGUUUUUGUAUGAUCUGCCAAGACCCCAGUGACGGGCAGGUUUAGGGCAGGGUUAGGUGUAGGGCAUUCAUACAAAUUGGGAACUCGUAAAAUAUGUAUGAUUUAGCCAAAAACGUAUGAAUUACGUUAUUUUUAAUUAAACUGGAAAGCUUUCUGAUCCUGCAUUGACAGCAAUGCAACUACUAUGUUCAAGGCACAGAAAGGUAGUAAGGACAUCAUUAAAAUACAAUAGAAGAGAAGAAAUUGUUGAAUAAAGUCAUUAUUUUUGUUUUCUUUGGGCACAAAAAGUAUUCUUGUAGCUUCAUAAAAUUAAAGUUGAACCACUGAUGUCACAUGGACUAUUUUAAUGAUGUCCUUACUACCUUUCUGGGCAUUAAAUGUGUCAGUUGUGUUGCUGUCUAUGCGGGGUCAGAAAGCUCUUGGUAAGGGCAAAACAGAGAGAAAAAUAUGCGUUUUCAAAUUUGCUCAAUCCACGUUUUCAGUUAAAGGGACACUGCUCUCAAACAGUUUGCCACUUGAACUGAAAAAUGCAAACAGAGUUUAACAUUUUUCUAAAAAACAUCAAAAAAUGGUUCAAACAAAAACAGGUUUGUGAACAUUAGUGUUACAGUCUUAGAUUUGUUAUGUUUAUUGAAUGUGUACUUGUUUUUUUUUUUUUGUUUUGUUUUUGUAUUUUAAAAGCCUAACCAGGAACUGGGGCUGCAAAUUAGCUAUAGGCUAGAAGCCUGUAUGUAGAGCAUCUGUAAUAUUAUUCCGCACUGUCCCUGUUAAAAAAAAAAAAAAUGAAAACAUUAGUGUGGACAUGGCCUUAGUUUUCUUUUUUUUUCAUACAGUGAAAGUCUGUAGGGUACAGUGUGAUUUUGGAUCCCAUAAAAUAUUAUAAAUUAUUUUAACAAAAAAUUCUGAAACAUUCUUUGGAUUAGCUCCUUUUGAGUUCUAAAGAAGAAAGAAAGUCAAACAGCUUUGGAAUGUAAGUUUAAGUAGAUAAAUGAUAACAGAAUUUUCACUUUUAGGUGAACUAUCCCUUUAAGCCCCAACAAAAGCAUGGUCUUGUUCUUAGAAUUAAGUUGAAAAGAAUUCACAUUAGUGGCUUUUAUGGAUUUAAAAGUUAAAGUCGUGGUCACAUUAGCGAAAUGUUGCAUGCAAAAAAGGUCUAUUGUUUUUUGUCAAUAGUGUAGCGGUGUAGCGGUUCACUUUCAAACCAGCAGCUUUCUUUUUGACCAGUUUUAAAAAGCACAAAUUUCAAUUGCAAUCACUGGAUUUUGCCUGCAAAAUUUCACUGAGGAACUGUAAAUGUGCCUGUACUGUGUAAUUUUGCAUGAUUUGGCAUCCCUAACAGAAUAGAAAAAAAUUACUGACAUGUUUCCCACAUAAUAAAACUCAUAAUGAACAGUCUAGCAUCCAUUCACGCUAAUGUGAACCACCGGUACUGUUAAUCUGCUGUCUUAUCUGACCUCUGGUUAGUGAUCCGAGAGAUCACUGUUUACGGUCAUUAAACAAAAGCCCAAUAAUGUUAACUUUGUCUUGCUAAUAAGGCAAGUAAGCUUUGCAGGAUAUCAUGGACAUCAAGAGAUUACCAUUCCAGAAAUUAGUGUGUUUUGCACUGAUCUGCAUAUUUGUGUUAUUUAUUGUCCUGUCCUCUGCGGGGAUAAGAAAGCAUACUACAGUAUUUAUGAAACAAAGAUAUUUGGCUCAUCAAAUGAGCAUUUAUGUCUUGCCAUUUGCCAUAAAUGGAUAUCCUUUUAAGGAAUAGGCUGAAAUAUGAAUAUUCCGUCAUCAUUUAUUCACCUUUGUGUCAUUUGAAAUCAAGUACCAGAGUGACAAUAAUAAAGCAGCAUAAUGGUAUCAUAAAACUGUUUCAUAUGACGCAUGCCAGAUAAUCAAAGCGUUUUACAGCCAUAUAUGAUGGAUUUAAAAUUGAUACAGUUUUGGAAUUACAUAAGGAUGAUUAAAUGAUGGCAGAUUUUCUUUUUUUUUUUUUUUUUUGAGUGAACUAUUCCACUUAAAUGUUGUAUUUUGAUAUUGUAAAAAUAUGUGUCAUGUUUUUAGUGUUUUUAUAAAUGUUGCUUACUUUACAGAUUAAUGUUCUUUAAACACAUACAAUAAUGUUUCAUUAACAGUCUUGUCUCAUUAAUUUAUGAUCCAUCAUUCCAUACUAUAAAAUAUGUUUAGCGGUCAACUUGAAGUCAUCUUAAAUCUGCUGAAGAUAUUUUAAUCAAAAGUUUCUGAACAGUAAGAUUUGUAAUGUUUUAAAACAAGUAUGUUCUGCUCACCAAGCCUGCAUUUAUUUGAUUCUAAGUACAGCAAAAACAGUAAAAUUUAGAAAUAUUUUUACUAUUUAAAAUAGCAGUUUUCUAUCUUAAAAUAUUUUAAAAUGCAAUUUAUUCCUGUGAUUUCAAAGCUGAUUUUUUAGCAUCAUUACUCAAGUCACACGAUCCCUUAGAAAUCAUUCUAAUAUUCUGAUUUGCUUCUCAAAAAAACAUUUAUUAUUAUUUUCAAAACAGCUGAGUAGAAUCAUUAAACAGUCAUGAAAAACAUGUACUCAGCUGUUUUAAAUAUUGAUCAUAAUAAUAAUAAAAAAAUAAAUUUGUUGAACAGCAAACAAGCAUAUUAGAAUGAUUUCUGAACGAUCAUGUGACAUUGAAGACUGGAGUAAUGAUGCUAAAAAUGUAGCUUUGAUCACAGGAAUAAAUUACAUUUUAAAAUAUAUUCAAAUAGAAAGCAGUUAUUUUAAAUAGUAAAAAUAUUUUACAAUAUUACUGCUGUAUUUCGAAUCAAAUAAAUGCAGGCUUGCUGAGGAGAAGAGAGUUAUGUAAAAACAUUACAAAUCUUACUGUUCAAAAACUUUUGACUCCAGUGUAAUCAGCAUUUCAUUUUCUAAUCAAACUUAAGACACGAUUCCAUAAUGUUCAUGAUAAUUGCUUAUAAUGUUUUGAUCAAGGUCUUUCCUGCAGCUGUAGGUUAUGUUGCAUGACUAAAUUAAACCCUUUCAGAGCCCAUCCAGUGAAGCAGAGCAAGAUGGUUGACCUUUUUAACCCCAGUGUGCAAACUGCAGUCGCUGGCUUAGCUGUUUAUUUUCAGUACAUGGCGACUGGAUGAGGCUUUAAAAGGGGCUUUGACAUGGGAACACGAGUGAAGACACCGCUGUACAAACAGACCCUUCCGAAGAGCUCUGCAGCUCUGCUGAACAAA